UUGUCUCUCUGUCUCUCUCUCUGUCUCUCUCUCUGUUUGUCUCUCUGUCUCUCUCUCUGUUUGUCUCUCUGUCUCUCUCUCUGUUUGUCUCUCUGUCUCUCUCUCUGUUUGUCUCUCUGUCUCUCUCUCUGUUUGUCUCUCUGUUUGUCUCUCUGUCUCUCUCUCUGUCUCUCUCUCUGUUUGUCUCUCUGUCUCUCUCUCUGUUUGUCUCUCUGUCUCUCUCUGUUUGUCUCUCUGUUUGUCUCUCUGUUUGUCUCUCUGUCUCUCUCUCUGUUUGUCUCUCUGUUUGUCUCUCUGUCUCUCUCUCUGUCUCUCUCUCUGUUUGUCUCUCUGUCUCUCUCUCUGUUUGUCUCUCUGUCUCUCUCUGUCUCUCUCUCUGUUUGUCUCUCUGUCUCUCUCUCUGUUUGUCUCUCUGUCUCUCUCUCUGUUUGUCUCUCUGUCUCUCUCUCUCUGUUUGUCUCUCUGUCUCUCUCUCUGUUUGUCUCUCUGUCUCUCUCUCUGUUUGUCUCUCUGUCUCUCUCUCUGUUUGUCUCUCUGUCUCUCUCUCUGUUUGUCUCUCUGUUUGUCUCUCUGUCUCUCUCUCUGUUUGUCUCUCUGUCUCUCUCUCUGUUUGUCUCUCUGUCUCUCUCUGUCUCUCUCUCUGUUUGUCUCUCUGUCUCUCUCUCUGUUUGUCUCUCUGUCUCUCUCUCUGUUUGUCUCUCUGUCUCUCUCUCUGUUUCUGUCUCUCACUGUCUUUCUCUCUGACUGUAGCUACCCGUGGGAGACGGUGAUCAAGGCAGCGAUGAGGAAGUACCCUAACCCCAUGAACCCUAAUGUGGUGGGAGUGGAUGUGUUGGACAGGAACCUGGAUACCGACGGACGGCUCCACAGCCACAGACUCCUCAGCACCGAGUGGGGCCUGCCAGGCAUCGUACGAGCGAUCUUGGGGACCAGUCAUACCCAGACGUACGUCAAGGAGCAUUCCAUCGUGGAUCCCGAGGAGAAGAAGAUGGAACUUUAUUCAACUAAUAUAACUCUAACCAAUCUGGUGUCAGUGGAUGAACGACUGGUUUACAGACCUCAUCCAGACAACCCAGAGGUUACUGUUCUGACCCAGGAGGCCAUCAUCACAGUAAAAGGAGUCAGUUUGAGCAGUUACCUGGAGGGAAUGAUGGCCCUCAGAAUGUCAGCUAAUGCCAGAAAGGGUUGGGAUGCUAUUGAGUGGAUCAUUCAGAACUCUGAAAGGGAGAACGUUCCUCUGUGCGAGCUGUACUGACUCUGGUAACUACUCUUCCCUGGCUGAGCUUAGCAUCACCUGACUGGAAGGGCCAAUCAGAGGACUGUGUCGACGACAUGAUCAGGGACUAUAUCAUCCUACACCAAGCAGCCCAGCCAAACCUCCCACAUGGCAGC